UCUUUUUUCACCUGAUACGUUGUACAACAACCAUAUUUAACACUCCCUUCUUAUUGAAAUUUGCUUCCCCCCUUCUUCUUGUUUUCUAAACAAAUGGAAAAGGCGUUAAGGCCUGAAGAGGUUUCCUCUUCGCUGACUUCGUUUAACUUUAUCCCUGAAGGCGAUGAGGAAGGCUUGAUCUCUAAGAUAUUCUCAAAGUUCAAGACGGCCGUAUCAGGUCCUAACCAACAACAGCACUCAGCUACUUCACCUACGUCUUCUAUACGAACCACAUCCAUUAUGCUUGAAAGUGAUACUAUCAUCGACCAUGUACCUGAGCUCUCUCAGCUUAGUACUGCAAGCUCUGCCCUUAAAGAUAUAUCAGCGACAGAACCUGUUCCUGUAAUGACUAUCAAAAUCCCAACACUCAACAAGAUACCACCCACACCUGCUGCGAGUGAGGCUCCAUUACAAAAGCAUAUCGUGAUUGAUGAGGAUCAAAAUCAGCAAUAUAUACCCACAGACACUUCUCUGAUACCAUUAACAAAGACAUCUUCUGUUGACAGUGAUGCUCAAUCAGUCAUGACAGCCUUCUCUGUGUCAAAUACCAACUCACUAAGUCGAGUCUUAAAUCGAUUACGUGGCGAUGAGCCUACAGAUAAUAAUAAGGAUUUCUGGAUGCCUGAUGAACAAUGCAAAGAGUGUUAUGGGUGCAAUGCUCCAUUUAAUUUGUUUAGACGCAAACAUCAUUGUCGCACUUGUGGUAGGAUCUUUUGUUCCAAAUGUUUAUCAAACAAUAUUCACACUAGUCAUUCACUUCGAGUGUGUAACGAAUGCUAUAUCAAAUAUGUGGAAGGAUAUCGAGCAGAUGAUACCAUCUCAUUACAUGACGGUUAUUCAUACUCUUCAGUAGUGGAUGCCAAUUUGGCUUCUUCUCUACAGCAGCAGCAACAAAAGACGCUUGUUAUCCCAAGUGGAGACGAUGAAAGUAGCGACGAAGAACUAGAAUUUGAACGCUCUACCAACAGCUUUGAUUUGCAAAGACCACCUAAUCUUGAACUUCAUUUUUCUCAAUCAACGUCGUCUCAUCAUACAGCUAGUGAUACUGAUAUUGGCAUUAAAAAGCUAUUGACAAAUACCUUCCUAAGAGCUGGCGCCCCUCGGUCUCGUACCAGUACAAUGAAUUCUCUCGGAAUAGACACUAGUGCAGCAGCCUUAGAGGGUGUCAGACAACAGCAACAAAUGAAUUCACCUAUGCCGUUUCGACGGAACUCGUUCAUUACUUCUUCAACGAAUGUACAUCAAGACACUCACAACAGAGACAGCACACAUGGAUCACCAUUAACAAGUCAAAUAGGAGGACAUGAUAAUAAUACUACACAACAGAGCAGCGACUUUUAUGAAGUGGAAGAUGAUGAUUUACGACGUUGGGACAAAAACCCUCGGAACUUACUCAACUUUCUUGGUGAGAGACCUAGUUCUGGUAUCUUCAAUAAUAUCCCUCCCUUUUUUUUUGAUGAUUAUGCGGAAUCACCAUCUACUUCGGCAGUGACACCCAUGCAAAGCACAAGCACAAGUACAAUAGGCAAAGCUUCAUCGUGGUUUAUGCAUCGGCCUCUUAGCUAUGCAGCCAAUGAGCGAUCAAGCAUUGUGCGAAGGCGGCUCAGUCUGACAGAAGGUGGCAGCUCAAGUCAUUUACUCAGUAGUUCUGUAAAUAAUAACAACUGCAAUAACAAUAAUGGCAACAUUAGCGGCAGUCCAACAUCUUCAACCAGACAUAUUCGUGUGCGUACAAAAAGCCUCAUGCGCAAUAACCCUAUUACCAUGUCAGAUCAGAAUGAAAAUGGUUAUGAAAGUUCAGGUGGAAGUAAUCGAAAUUCAUUUCAUCAACAACAACUUACUUCUUCCAUUUCAACACCUACAACGACUGUCAAUCGAAGUUCGACGCCUGAUAUGGAGCUUAUUCGCUCGCAAAUCUUGUCUACUAAUUCACACCCUGUGGCAGUGGUAACACAUGAACAGUGGGACGCAUCGUAUAUUCAUCUUUUGCGCAACAUUAUUCAGCAUUUAUUAGACGAAGCUGGUCUAUCUCGACAACAAUGGGAGGAGGUCAUGAUCUCAUUACUACUCAAAAUUGUGGAUGAAGUGCAGCCUAACAUUCGUGUUCGAGACACUUUUAACAUGAACCACUAUGUGAAAGUCAAGAAAGUACCUGGUGGUUUACCUCAAGAUAGUUUUUCUGUAAGUGGCGUAGUGUUCUCCAAGAGUGUAGCUCAUAAAGAUAUGAUGCGUACUAUCAAAAACCCUUCAGUAUUGAUUCUCAAUUUCGAUGUGGACGGAUUUGGUACCCUUACAACUGGCGUCUCAGAGAGCAGACAAGAAUAUCUCAAAUUCGACCGCUUACUUGCCUGGGAAAGAGAUCAUAUGAAUGCUUUGGUAUCGAAAAUUGUGGGCUUAAAACCAUCGAUUGUUCUUAUUUCAUCUAAUGUACCUCGUACAGUGAUUGAGUGCUUAAAUAAACACAAAAUAGUGGUUGCUUACAAUGUAAAGAAACAAAAACUAGACGCCAUUGCUCGUUGUGCGGAUGCAACGGUCUUCAACUAUAAGAAUGAACUAUGGAAUGCAAAAACAAUCACAUCAAGCAAAUGCGGUCUGUUUGAACCUAUGACAAUCAUGCACGAAUAUUUGCCAAACCGUCGCAAGACUUUUUUGAUGUUCCAUGAAUGCCCCAAAGAGCGCGGAGCAACUAUUGUACUGCGUGGUGGUGAUCUAAAGACGCUUCAUACUGUUAAGUUUAUCAUGAACUUCAUGGUCAAGGUGGUCAACAAUAUUAAUUUGGAAGCACAACUACGCAAAGAAUUCAUGGAGUUACGUCGCUGGCAUCAGCCCAUUUAUGAUGAGACUGACUCUAUUCAGAAUGAAAACGAAGACAAUGAAAAUCCAUACGAAGACGAUACAUUGCAACUUCGAGGCAUGGGUGGUAAAGCUUUUACUGUUUCUUCCUCUUAUAAUGCGGAAGGUGAUCCCGCGCAUAUUGAAACUCAAAGUGUUCUAUCUGUAGCAGAAUCUCAGAUAACUGUCAACACAAUUGAUGUCAAUGCAGCUAAAAAGAAAUCACAACAGCAAUACCAACAAAGCACUGUAGUUGUCGAGGACGAUGAUAUCUGCCUUACGGCAAUAAAUGCAGUGUUAAAGCAGUAUCAAAAUACGACGCUUUCCAUAUCAGCUGGUGUCACUCUACCUGUACCUCACAUCUUGAUAAAGCUACGAGAAUCCCAAAAGAAGUUGAUUGGUUUGAUUCGUGAAAGACUUGGUGUUCAUAUCACAGGAACUACACUUGCAACAGAAUCAACUGCAAAUAGUGUGCCAACAUCACCUUCACUCGAUGAAAAGCAGCCUCUGAAUAACAAGCCUGUGAUUCCUCCUAUUCCUACAGACCUUAUGUAUAUGCCAGAUUACUUGAAGGCUUUUGACGUCUAUCUAGAACAUGAUUUAGAGUAUAGACAUUAUCAAGAGCUUCAUUUACAAUCAUGGCUCUUAUUCAAAAAAUACAUUGGAGGAAUUCAUCAGUAUCUGUCGCCUAUCUAUCAUCAACAGAUCCUUGUUCGCCGUACUACUAAUCCAAUGGACGAUCACACAAUCCCAUGCGAGAAAGCUGCUUUGGAUCCUUAUGACUACUAUAACCCAAUGGGCGAUUGCACAUUAGGCCAAUAUAUUCUUAACUCUACUAAAGAAGCAUACUCUAAAUGCUCUUCCAAGAUGUGUGGUGGUCCUCUGAUCUUUCAUGAUAGAACUUACUCUCAUGGUAAUGCUCAAGUUAAAGUACAAGUGUUUGUAGAAGAUGACAAUGGAGAAGAAGAACUAGUAGAAGAAAAGAUUGAUAUUAGCCGUGAUGAAUACUUGCGCAAGAUUCCCAUCUUCAUCUGUACGCACUGCAAUAUCUGUAACGUAACGCAUGAUUGGAGAGCCAUGCCUGAUUUGCUUCAACGUUAUUCAUUUGGCAAGUUCUUAGAGCUUUUGUUCUAUCAGUCUGAACCUAUCCCUAUCUAUGAGGAAGACGAUUAUUUUUCAAAGCAAGGACAAAUAGGCUGUCCCCAUGGUUUUUACCGCGAUCAUACAAUCUCGUUUCGUAUUCAAAACCUGUCAGUCAAUUUCACGCAUGCUAUGGUUAAAGUAGUGGAAGUACAGCCGCCCCCUUUGCACCUGAGGUUCAGCUCAAAGCAACAAAUGGCAAUCAAGGAUGCUACACUAGACUCAACUAGAUCCAAAAUUGCCCGCUUCUUUGACUCCAUCAUAGAACGUAACAAGCAAUUCUCAUACGACAUUGUACAGCCCAACAUGGUUGAUUUAUGUAAAGAAUAUCUACAAGAAAUGUCUCAAGAGGCGCUUAAAAACAAAAAGAGUUUAUUACAAAAGCUGCAGAUGGAGUACGCUACCAGUGCACCUACAGAUACGUUGCAGCUGAAUAAUGUAUUGGCAGAACUACAGAAUCAUGCUGUUGCCUGGGACCUGAAGUAUAUCGAUUUUGCUAGACGAUUUGUUAGACCUGAACGCGAGCUAAGAAGGCUAACAGCAAAUCAUUUGCGCAGAAUGUUUCCAGCGGAAAGCCUCUAUAGCAACAAUACCAGCAAUCUGCCUGCUGUAUCUAACUUAAGCUUGCGCACAAAAAAAGCCAUCGAAGCUGCAGAUUUACCUUUAUUGGAUGUCGGUUUAGAUAGUAAUAGAUCAAUGCCUGGUGUUUCAGAAGUUGUCUUAAGCGAGCAAAUUACUGUGGAUGACUAUAACAUGACCUUGAAGGAGCAACCAAGUCUAGGCGAAUCUCCUACAGAAUCUUAUCCUUGGUAUGAUGAAUUAAAAAGAUUUGAUCAAAUGUUUUUGCAAGACAAAAAAGAAGACCGUCAAGAGAUUCUCAGCUUAAGCAUCGCAAGUAGCUAUUCUUAUCGUCGUCGUCGUCAACAUCACAGUCAUAAUCAAGGCCAAAGGAAUACUGGUACAAAUAUAUACAACAUGACUCACAAUGAUUCUUCAACUAGCAAUCUGCUUUCUUUAUCACCAGGAAAAAGUGGUAUUCAGUUUCAGUCAAAGCAGGAACAAGAAGACCCUCAUGACCUUGAUCCGAGCGUGGCUAGACGACUAUCACUCGAAUUGAUGAAGGAUGCACCUAAAAAGAAAAAAGAGCAAGAACAGACAGAAGAAAAAAAGCAAGAGAAAAAGAUCCAAAAAAAUCCACAAGAAUCUAACAAGGCAAAACUUGUUGAUGUGCCUGAGAAAACACCCUCAACACCUAUCCCUAUAUCAACAAAAUCAAGCGAAUCUGUGAAUGUAAACCAAUCUAAGCUUGUUCGGCAUACUGCUGCUCUUCCUCUUCUCUCUUCAACAACUUAUAAGAGAUUAGCAGGUUUGCUGCCAGAACCCAUGGUACACAAGUCAAGGAGCUCUCCUUCGCCAGGCAACUAUCUUCCUAGCCAACAACAGCGAGCAAUACCUUAUCAAAAACUGAUAGAUAAUAAGGCUUAUAAUCGUAAAUCUCAACUCAAUGAAUCCUCUGUAGUUGAGAAAUCAUCAAAUCAGACACCUCCUACCAAACCAAACUUCUACCGUGGAUCACCUUAUACUACUAAAAUUCAAGACAGAUCACCCAUUGCGUAUCGAUAUGGAUUUAUGGGAGGUCUUAAUAGUACAACACCAGUUGAGCGUCGAUUAGGUGCUACAAGUAUUACACACCCCAUCAGUACAGCCAUGGCAGCUGCAGCUCAAUCUACCACUAGUAAACCAUCUUUGAAUGCAAUUCAGGAUUUCCCUAUUGCUCGACCACGCUCGCGCACAAUGGCUAUUGUUGGCGCAACUGGGCCUUCUUCUAUUGGACAACAGGCAGCAGCCAAACCUCGUGUUGGCGGACGAAUCUCAUUACCUAACAACUUAUUCGGUUUUUCUACUAAUGUAUCCGAUAAUAGCAAGUCUACCACUCAAAAGAAUUCACUCUUACCAGUACCCAUCUCACACCGUUAUCAGCACACACGUCAACUCUCUGAAGGAAAGAUUCCUACUCGUAUUCGACAACGAUUGCCUAGUAAAGCUUCGCUAGAACCUUAUACAAAAAUCAAGGAAUUGACAAACGAUGAUGAAUCUUGUUUUUCUUCUUCUUCAGAUGAUGAAGAAGUGGAUAUUGAGGACUUGUCCAAAAAAGCACAUGAUUCUGAUGGGCCCUCGUCCGAUGAGGAGGAAGACAAUGAUCAAAGGCUAUUGCCCUUCCAGCACAAGACAUUUUCGCUUAUUUCUACUGAUGAAUAUGAUGAGUCUCUUGGUCGUGAGGUUGUACCAAAUAUAUUGGAAUUACAACAAUUUCAUCAAGAGCAUCAAUUGCAAAUGUCAAAAAAUACAUUACCAUUUCUUAGUGUUGAAUCAGGCAUGGUUGUAGAUAAGAAGAACCAAGGUCCAGAGCAUCAUCCAUUGUCUACAAAGGCUAGUAGUGUAGUCAUGAUGGAAGCAGAUGCGUUGUUGAGAUCAGCAAACUCUUCUAUUAUUGGCCUAGAUAAUGGAUCAAGCUCAUCUAGUCUAGAUUGGUCUACAAAUAGUAGCGGAAGAAAUUCAAUCAUGAAAGCAAUUACAUAUGUUCUUGCAGAAAAAAGUAUCAAUAAUUUGUCCCCAUUAGAGUAUCCAUUCUCUCCUAAUGAACACAUCUUUGCCGACUCCAAUAUUCUAGUAAGAGAAGACGAGCCUAGCAGUAUCAUAUCAUACAUGCUUGGUAGCACUUUUUAUAACGAGAAACUACAACGGAAACAAGAACUUCGUAUGUCAAAAGCAUCCAACUUGUUCAGUAACGAGUCCAAAGAAAGGCCAACAGAAUUUCCCUCCAAUGAGACUAAGUCAUUUUUCUCUGAGAUGUUUCCUGAAACAGAUGAAGCUGAAAGACCAUGGCGGUUUUCUUUCCAAGGAGGAUCUACUAGUUUCACUUGUAAGAUUUAUUUUGCGGAGCAGUUUGACAUGCUACGAAAGAGCUGCGGUUGCGAUGAAAUCUUCAUCUCAUCUUUGGCAAGAUGUAAUACAUAUGAUGCUUCUGGAGGAAAGUCAGGGUCUAUCUUUUUGAAGACUAAAGGUAAGUAGACAUACAAUUUACUUUAAUCUCAUUCAGCGAUAGACGAACGAUUUUUGAUCAAACAAAUUUCCAAGUAUGAAAUGGAUGCAUUUUUAGGAUCUGCAAACAAGUACUUUUUGUAUAUGUUUAACGAAGUGUUU